ACCCCUCUACUCCAUAACGGACAUUUCUUCGAACCAGUGAUUUUGCGACCAAAUCAAUGAACGCUUUGGCAAGACGGUUUAUCGUCGAUUGAUCUUCCGUACAAGAGCGUGAAUCGGUCGAUAAUUUGAGAAAUGUAAUUCUCGAAAAGGAGGAAAAAGUUCAGUGCAGAACUUGUAAGCUCCAGGAGACCGUGUCGGUCAGGAUGGGUUGCGGACAGAGUAAAAUCGGCAACAUCUAUCCGAAAAAUAAAAAGAACAAAACCAGCUCGAAGAAAAAUGGUUCGGCGUCAAUUGAGCAGAAAAACGGAAACGGAAAUACCAAAGGCAGUAACAAGACCAACAACAACGGGGUCGAGGUGAACAGAAACGAAGAACAGAAUGGACCCAUCGAUAUCAAAACUCAAGCCAAGAAGAAGCCCGCUACUCCCGGAAACGGUCCUCUGCUGCACCAAGCAGAAGUAUCGUCCAGCCAGGUAGACUUCUUCAAGAUGCUGGACGAGAAAAUAGAGAACGGUCCAGACUACGACGAGAGUUCGGAUGCUGCGGCGAGGGUGGAACGGGUCUCGAGUCUGCUGCGUCGUUGGGAACUCGCUAGCGUAACUUGGUCCUCGGUCUCGGAGCUGAACGCCUCGCCGUCGACGAUGCAUCAGAGGGGGGGUCGUCGUUCGUCCUUGAGCAAUUCCCGGCAAAGUCUGAGCGCUAAGGACCGCGAAGGAAUGCGAAAUAUAAUCGGUGGCCGUCCAGAGAGCGCACCGAUAUUCGUAAGGAACGCAAAUCGCGUCGACGGUCUCCAAGAUGCUCACUGCCCGUCGCCGAAUAUGCCGAGGCACGUUCUUGAGUCGAUAUCCCAGAGUCCGACUCAGAGUCAGAAGAACACGCCGCCGGGAUCAUCGCCUACGUGUUUUCGUUACGGUGAUUAUAACGCGGGAAAUCAGUCGCCGCCGGUUCAUCAUCAUCAUCAUCAUCAUCAUCUGACCGAGAAGAUCGGCGCCAAGCUUCAGUACAAAGGAUCAGCAGCGAGCGGCAACGGCGCCGAAUUUAUAACAACGCCGCAUCAGCUUUAUCGCGAGCAGUACCUCCAACAGACUGGAAUCAUUACGAUGCCUAACAACAACCAGUUCUCGGCUGGUUCGGGAAACAACGUUAUCAGGAAUAAUCCUUACGUACAGCAGUAUCAGAUCAAUCAAACGGAACAUUUCGGCUCGCCGCGAAAGCGGGGAUUCAAUGCUGCCCAAAUGACGUGACUAGAAGUCGGCGGCAAGGGCAUCGAAUGACGGACGAUUGUACGUCCGACUAUUCGGAAUCAGAACGAAUUUGUUUGAUGGCGAAUAAAGACUGAUUAUAAUGAUGAAUAAAUGGAGGUAUACAUAAGGAAAAUCAUUGCACGACAAUUGUUUUAUAAGAUGAUUAAGACAAUUAUUAUGAUGACACGGCGUCUCGAUCCCGGUUCGGCGGUGAAAGCUUGCGAUCGAUAGAUCAGCCGAAAAUCGAAUGCAGAAGGAGAGAGAGAG